UCUCUGCGAAGAAAAGAAAAAGAAACUCGCUCUUCUUUAGAAAUAUGGAGGUCACAGAGGUUUAAGCCCAGAAAACCCAGAAAAAGUUUCUUGUUUUCUUUCUCUCUGAGAGUGAUGCUGAGGAAGAGAUCCACAGGGACAGGUUCUAGAAGCAGGCAAGCUCUAACAAUGGCGGAUUCUGCUGCUUCUUCUCCGUUACAGUCUCCAUCGGGAAAUUACAGAAACCCCACUUCGUCUUCUUCUUUCUUCAGCUCGCCGGGGCUUUUCACGAACCUCACUUCAAAAGGGUUCUUCGAAACUGAAACGAUCAUGAGCCCAACCUCCAUACUUGAUUCCAAUAAACCCUUCUCCGUCUUCAAAAACCCUUUUUGGUCUGAAACGAACAGCCCCAGAACACCGCCUUCUUCUUCCCUUGAACAGCCCCGGCGUUAUUGGGAUAAGCUCGAUUCGAAACCAGUGGGUCUCGGCCUUGUUGAUUCUCUCAUUGACGACGAUCAAAACCCGAACUUUUCAUCCAAACCCGAUAACCGAAUGGUCGUUUUCGGAUCCCAGCUGAAGAUCCAGAUUCCCUUGAUUGCUCCAUCGGAAUCGAUGAAGCCGCCGGAGAAGAAAUCUGGGUUUGGAUCUGCGAGCUCGAAUUAUUCGCCUCGAGUGACCCCAGGUUGUCUCUCUGCGAGUGAGAUCGAGAGCUCCGAGGAGUACACUCGGGUGACCUCGCAUGGUCCGAACCCGAGAACGACUCAUAUAUUUGAUGACUGCGUCAUUGAGAGUAGCUGUUUCGAUGUCGGAAUUGGGUUGUCUUCUCCGGCGACGGCGAUGAAGGAGAAUGAGUUUGGGUAUCCGUCGGAGAGCUUUCUGAGCUCCUGCUUUUACUGUAAGAAGAAUCUUGGCCAAGGCAAAGACAUCUUCAUGUACAGGGGUGAAAGGGCAUUUUGCAGCAGAGAAUGUCGAUACCAAGGGAUUCUGAUGGAAGAAGAAGAAGAAGGGAUGGAAAAAUUGGAAGCAGGGGAAUUUCCCAUAUCCUAGGUUUCCUUCAAAAAACCUUGAAAGAUCUUAGAUUAUUGUACCAUGUUUAACUAGUUCUUUUAGGGUUUUGAACGAUUUUCUGGGGAGAGAAUGAUCAGUCCCACAAAAUCCAUUCCAUCUUUCGUGGGAACCUCAUUGUAAUAUCAAGUUGCUCUGUUUUUCUUGAUUUCUUGUGAUGAUGAUGAGGACGAUGGAAGAAGAAGAAGAAGAAGAAGGGGUUUGGGAAGGCUAAGGUAAGGACUAAGGAAGGCUGUAAUAAAGAUAGUUUUGAAGAAGAAUCAAUGAGUUUUGUCGGGAAAAGUAAAAAAGAAGAAGAAGCUAUUUGUGUUGGAUUGAAUUGAAAAUUGAUGUUGGGCUUUUGUCCACAGUUUUUAGCUUUUUCUUAUUCAAAGUUGGUAGUGAAAACGAUGUAUGCCUAAAAAAAAAACAAGCUUCAACAUUAUCUUUGUUUUUAUUUAUUAUUGAUGAUUGAUUCCCCACAGACAUAUCAAUCAAAUAGAUUGCAAGUGGUAAGUACUUUGCUGCACAAGCACUGUGUGUUUACGUAAGGAAAAAUCAUUUUGCAAUAAUGUGUAGCUUCUCUUAAUUUUUAA